CCAUCCACUCAGACCGCGGCGGAGCAAGAGAGCAGACGAUUGCGGACCUGCUCUUCCCCCUUCCCCUCGCCUCACCUCAGCCCCGUGGUUAGCGUGCGUGCGAGCGAGACAAGUGCUCAAGAGUGUGUCAGUGUCAGUAGGAGAGCUCGGUGACUUGUGCGGUGUGUUCGCCUGGUUUGCACGGCCAGAGGAGUAGUGUGUUGAAGCCUCACCGGUCUGCUGUCUCCCAGGUAAAUAAAAGAGGACCAACUGGUGCUCGGAGACGUGAUCUAAGUUACACGCCGCACGGGCCGGGAACACGCUGCUCGAAGGCCAUGCUGCUGCUGCCGUGCCGUGUGCUGCUGCUGCUGUGUGUCCUUGCCGCGGCAGCCAGCCAGGGCGAGCAGACAUGGAUGCUGGAGGCAACAGUAUUACACGAAGAUCCCAACGACCCCGCAGAACCUACCCUCGAGGAGAGCGUCCACGAGAACUUGGAGACGCUGGCCACGCUUGAGCUGACCCUGCAUGACCUUCACUUAGAUGAGAGUGUGAUCAGCUCUCCGGGAAGUCCAGAUGCAGCAGUACAACGAAGUCAAAUAAUUUCAGCACUCCACAACAAGAUUGGCAAAGUCAGUGAAGCACUUGGAUCUCUCCAAGGAUAUCUUGUCCACCUCAAGAAUGACAACUCUUCAAUUGUAAUAUCCCAGAACAUUUCUUUGGUGCAGUGCAACACAACUACUCAUUUCCCUUGUGGUGAUGGCACUUGCCAUCCAAUGGAACAGAAAUGUGAUGGAAUAAGAGACUGUGAUGAUGGAGCAGAUGAGUUGCUCUGUGGAUUAACCCGGGCUUUGUGUGGCUCCAGGCAGUGGUCAUGUAUGGUAGGCAACCAGUGUAUCUCUGUGUCCUGGCGAUGUGAUGGAGACAUAGAUUGUGAAGAUGGCAGCGAUGAAUUGGAAUGUGGCUCACAUCGAUGUGCUAUCAAUCAGUUUGACUGCUCAAAUUCAUCAACAACACAUCAGUGUAUUCCACGGAGUUGGCGGUGUGAUGGGGAGGAUGACUGCCCAAAUUCCACUGAUGAGCGUGGUUGUGUGAAGGCAGAGUGUAGUGAUGCUUACUUCAAGUGCUCCUCAGGGGACAAGUGCAUCCACAACUUUUGGCGAUGUGAUGGUGCGCCGGAUUGCUUCGAUGGUAGUGAUGAAGAUGACUGCCAUGAGAUAAUUGCCUCAUGUACAAGUAAGGAGUUUCAAUGUGCCUCUCACAAUGAGUGUGUGCCCAAGGAGAAGGUCUGUGAUGGGGCUGGAGACUGUCAUGACCUGAGUGAUGAAGCUGUCUGUCCAGGAAUACCCAGCAAGAGGUUUCCAUUUGUUCCCAAAAAAGCACAUGAAGUCCCAGAUGACCAGAAGGUUACUGUUGUAAACUCAACUAGUGAGUGUGAAGGGAGAUUCCUGUGUGCCACUGGAGGCCUCUGUAUACCUGCUGAAUGGCAUUGUGACAGAGAUGAUGACUGUCCUGAUUCCAGUGAUGAAGUUGGAUGUGUGGAGGCUGUUUGCAAGGAAGGCUACUUCAGGUGUGUCUCGGGUGACAAGUGCGUUCACUCCAGAUGGCGUUGUGAUGGAGACUAUGAUUGCUUUGAUAAGAGUGAUGAAUAUGGAUGCUCGGACAUACAUACUGAAUGUGAGAUCUCUGACUUCAAAUGUAUCUUGCAUGGGGAGUGUGUUCCUCCUUCCAAGGUAUGCAAUGGUGUCCCAGAUUGUGAGGAUUCUAGUGAUGAGGCUCGAUGCCCCAUCCACAUAAUUGAUACUGCCACUCUACCCCACAUACCAGGUGUUACCCCAGAUGCUAGCAAGAAUGUCUCUGAAUUGGUUUCUUGUGGACCAUUUGAAACACGAUGUGUUUCAGGCCAGUGCAUUGCCUCAGGCUGGUGGUGUGAUGGAGAGUUGGACUGUACAGAUGGAAGUGAUGAGCAUCAUUGCCCAGGGAAUAUCUGUAAGAAGGACCAGCUGACCUGUGCAGCUGAGGGUAAAUGCUUCCCAUUGAGCUUCAAAUGUGAUGGCCAGAGAGACUGUAGUGAUGGCAGUGAUGAAGAAGGCUGCCCCAAGAGAGCAUGCUCGAAAAAGGAGUUCACCUGCCAGGACACAGGCCGCUGUCUGCCAGAUCAGUGGUGGUGUGACGGCCAGCGUGACUGUCUUGAUGGUGGUGAUGAGGUUGGCUGCCCAAAGUUACAGGUCAAAAGAUGUGAUCUCGACCGAGGUCAGUUUCCUUGCCGAUCAGAUUCCAAGUGUCUCUCUUCCAAGAAUGUGUGUGAUGGUCACAAGGACUGUAUUGAUGGUAGUGAUGAGGGGGGAGCAUGUGAGGAACUGUGUUUUGCCAACUCAUGUAGUGAUGGGUGCUUUAGGACGCCCCGCGGUCCUCAGUGUACCUGUCCCACCAACACUACACUUGAUGACCGUGGCGUUACCUGUGUGGGAGGCCUCCCAAGCCCCUUCGUGUUGGUAGGGCGGAGGGAUGCCCUAGAAGCAUAUUCCCUUAAUGGCUCGUGGAAUCUUACUGUCUAUGAGGGAAAGUUAACACAUUCUGGGGUCAUUAAAGUUGCAUAUGAUCCUGUGGAGGAUGAGGUGUAUUGGAGCAUUGUGGAGAUGGCUGGUGUGUACAAGAGAGACCUUCUCAAGAAAAAUCCUCCCCAGUUUGUCUUUGAUACAGAUGAGAAUGUUGUGGAGGCUCUUGCCAUUGACUACCUGGGGAGAAACAUGUACAUUAUGGAUGGCAUGAGACAGUUGCUACUUGCAUGCUCACUCAAGGACUUCGUUUGCACAACGGUCCUCACCAACACCACAUCUUCCCCUCGAUCCCUGCAGCUUGAUCUAAGAAACAGAAAAAUGUUCUGGACGGACUGGAAAGCGGGUGUGGUGGAGUCCAGUGAUCUGGAUGGCUUCAGACGGUCAGUUUUGGCUUCUAACCUCAUGUGGCCCAAUGCUUUGGCCAUUGACUCAGUAUCCCAGCGAGUCUACUGGAUGGAAGCAUCAACAGACUCACUGGAAUCUAUGAAGUAUGAUGGCACCGAUAGGAGGCUCCUCUCCAGUGGCACGGUUCAGCAUGUGUAUGCCAUGGACCUGUGGGCAGACAACCUUUACUUCACUGACUGGUCCACUCUCACAGUGUACAAGUGCAACCCGAAUGCCUGCAAUGUCAAGACUCCUGUCACUGAUGUGCUGCCAGGAUCACCAUUUGGCAUCAAGGUUGUUCACAUCCAGCUUCUUGAGGUUUCCAACCCAUGUAAGAACCAGCCAUGCAGCCACAUUUGUCUUCUCUCCUUAACAACUGGCAAGGGGUACAGGUGUUCAUGUCCCUCUCACCUGGCACUACAGAAGGACCAUCACACUUGUGCUGCACCGAAAAGAUUUUAAGAGCUAGAUGGGGCAGCUUCUUGUGCCAAAUUCUAUGCUUGUGUCUCCAGCAUCCAGCAUUGCCUGGUUAGUUAUGGAAUAAUUUGUAAGUUCUGAGGGUGUAUUUAGGUAUUUAGGCAUCCUAUUGUUGGUCUUUUUUAUAUCAGAUAUAGUAGGUAAAUAAUUAACUUAUGGUUGAUGUCUAGUUUCUGUAAACCAUGCAUGACCUUGUUUGUGUAUGUUAUGAAUUAUAUUUAUGUUUUGCAGCUGAUUAUUAGUUGUAGUGAUAUGCGUUUUACUCUGCCACUUCUUAGAUGGUGCAUAGGAAAAAAAAGAUUAAUAAGUACAAAUAUCUAUCUAUAUGUCAUAACACUCAUAUGUGUAUCCUUCCUUCAUGAAAACUCUCGUAAACAUUUUAACAAUACAGUAGCUACCAUGUUAUAUAGAUUUGUCUUGCUAGGAAACGCUCCUGUUGUAUGCUGCAUGCUGAAAUAGGGCAUGUGUAAAGCUAUUCCAUGACAAGAACAAGGAAAAUGUAUGCUUAUAAGACAGAAAUAUAUAUAUAUAUAUAUAUAUAUAUAUAUAUAUAUAUAUAUAUAUAUAUAUAUAUAUAUAUAUAUAUAUAUAUAUAUAUAUAUAUAUAUAUAUAUAUAUAUAUAUAUAUAUAUAUAUAUAUUUUUUUUUUUAGUUUGAAAUUGAAGACAUGCUUUCUUGUUCUCGUUCUCAGAAAUUCUUUAGUACCAUUCAUACUAAAAAAAAAAAAAGUGGAACUUCAUUUUGGGACUUAAUUUUUAAUCUUACAAUUGAUAUUUUCAUUCAGGAUUUCAAUAUUUACUGCCAUCAUGAUAAUUUGCUUCUAAUAUUAUGGCAACAUGAGUUUCUUUUUACCUUUCAUGAAGACGAGUGCACCAGCAAAAUCUGGAGGGAUGAGACUGUUAUAAAGAUUUAUUGAGUAAAGUUGUAAGGGGACAUGAAUGUGUGCUUUUAUGUAACUGGAAAUGUUAGGAUUAAGUAAUUAUUUUGAAUUGAUAAUUACAUUACAGUCAGUUCAUGAAUAACAAGAGACUAAAUAGCAUUGCUUGUAACAUGAGCCACAAAAUGUUAAAAAGAAGAAGAAAGAAGAAUCUAGUAGUGUGAGCAGGUCACAGAGCAUGAAUUGCUUAUCAUGAUUAAUAAAAAUCAAAUAGUAUGACCCAUUCCAUGAGAGCACACACUUGCUUCAUCUGUGAAGCCCCUGCCCCUUGUGAUAUUCAUCACAGAAUUGAGGAUAGUAAUAUUAUUACUUUGUGCUUUAUUGUACAUUAUGGUAUGAAUGAUUUUUCAUGAACAUUGUUUAUAUUGGUUAUUUGCCUCGAAUAGGAGGCCCAGCCAUCUACCAAAUUAACAUUUCCAUACAGGUUACAUGAAAAAUAGUGCAAAUAAAAAAAUGAACUCA